AUGAGUGAUAGAGUACUACUAAAGGUGUAUUAUUUUGGUCAAAUUUUAUUACAAACGUCUGAAGGGGCAAAAUUUAUUUGUGAAAAUCCAGUAGAUGUUGUUAUUCCUUUUAUCAUUUCCUUUGAAGAACUCAAAGGUUUGAUCUGUGAGAAGAUUGAUUCUGAGAGGGCACAAAAAAUAUCCUGUGUUCUAUACAGAUGUCCCAUAUCGGUAUUUGGUGGGUUUGUCCAAUUUCAAACAAGAUAUGUGACGGAUGAAGCGAGCAUGCAGGAGAUGUUUUCAAUGUAUAUUGAAAACCGGGCCCAGAUCUCGUUUAUCGAGUUGUAUGUUGAGUUUGAACAAUCUGAGGCAGACCGAAACAUUCUAUGGGAAGAUUAUAAUAGUGACAGUGAAGAAGAGUUCGAAAGCAACUACGAAUGUGUUGGUUGGUGUGGAGAUGAAGAUCAUGAUGGAGAUGAAGAUCAUGGUGAGGGAAAUAUGGAUCCAGAUGUGACAGAGGUGGCAGAUGCACUCGCAAACGAUAUGCCGUUUGGGGAGCCUUCAUUCAUGCGAGUUCUGGACUUGGAAGCCAUGCAUGUUCCGGAGUUUCCGGAAUAUAUGACUGCAGAAGUUCCUAUUGUCGCAGAUGGUGAAUUUGCUGUUGGGAUGGAGUUUAGUUCCCGGGAAGCUGUUGUUAAGGCAAUAAAAGAGUAUACCAUACGACGAAGCGUAGAUUACCGGGUGUAUGAGUCUGAGCCUUUGACAUUUUAUGCCAAGUGUACACAGUAUGGGUCAGGAUGUGAUUGGCUUAUUAGGGUAAGCUUGAUCAGCAGGAAGUAUUGUUGGGUUAUAAGGAGGUAUAAUGGUAGUCACACUUGUACCAGAGCCACCAUUUCACAGGAUCAUUCGAAGCUGGACUCCAUCACAAUUGCAGAAGCAAUAAAGCCAUUGGUUGAGGCUGACCCCUCCUUAAAGGUAAAAUCGGUUAUAGCAGAAGUGCAAUCGAAGUUCAACUAUACUGUUAGUUAUCGGAAAGCAUGGUUGGCUAAGCAAAGGGCAGUAGAAAAAAUAUUUGGAGGUUGGGAGGCAUCGUACGAAGCGUUGCCUAUAUGGUUUGAGGCCAUGUGUCAUAAGGAGCCAUCAGCUGUUGUCCAUUUUGAGACUAUGCCUGCAUACCAAGGCGAUGACUUGGUCGGUCAUAUUCGGGUACUGCAUAGAGUAUUUUGGAGUUACUACCCCUGUAUCAGGACAUUCAGACAUUGUAAGCCAGUUGUCCAGGUGGACGGGACUCACUUGUACGGAAAGUAUAAGGGUUGUCUCCUAGUCGCAGUUUCACAGGAUGGCAACAACAAUAUCGUCCCAAUUGCGUUUGCUAUUGUCGAGGGAGAGACUUCUGAUGCAUGGCACUUUUUCCUUAGUAACUUGCGUCAACAUGUUGUGACUCGGGAUAGUGUGGGACUAAUAUCCGACCGACACGAAUCCAUCAAUGCAGCUGUGGAACGGAGUAACGGAGCCUGGUCACCUCCUAGAGCUUUUCAUAUGUUCUGCAUCAGGCAUAUAGAGUCGAGUUUUCUGCGGAAAUUCAAGGCACCGUACCUCCAAAAAUUGUUCGUCAACAUAGGAUAUUCCAGGACGGUGCGGGAGUAUGAAGUGCGUUACCAGCGAUUACGGGAACGGGGGGAAGCGUAUACCAACUGGUUAAACCAAAUUCCUCGCGAACAGUAUGCAUUGGCGUUUGAUGGUGGAUACCGAUGGGGUCACAUGACAACGAAUAUAGUGGAAUGCAUCAAUUCAGUGUUGAAGGGUGCACGCAAUCUUCCUAUUACUGCUCUUGUCAAGGCAACAUUCUACAGGCUAAACGAGCUUUUCACCAGAAAAAGAGCAGAGGCAGAAGCGCGGAUUAAUGCUGGCCAUGUGUUCUCCGAAGUCGUGAUCUCGAAGUUGCAUGCAAACCAACUUGCAUCAGGAAACAUACAGGUCAGUUGCUUUGACCGGCAGAAUGAGGUCUUCGAGGUGCGUGAGAUGCCAAGCGGACUGGAGUUUGCAGUCGAUCUACGUGGCCUUCAAUGUGACUGUGGUGAGUUCCAGGUGGACCGGAUCCCCUGCAGACAUGUGUUCGCAUGUUGCGCAAACCAGCGACUGGAUUGGAAACUAUAUGUGCAUGAUGUGUAUAAGAUGGACCAAGUUCGGUGGGUGUACCGAGCAAGAUUUAGGCCACUAGGUAACCCGACGACAUGGCCUGCGUACAACGGUCCUUGCUACGUACCGAAUCCGUAUCUGAGACGUGUCUCGAAAGGGCGCCCCAGGAUGACGCGCUUCUUGAAUGAGAUGGACACGCGAAUGUUACGUCGUCCUAGGCGAUGUAUGCUAUGUGGAGCUGAGGGACACAGUCGUAGUAGAUGCCGUCAGUCAGCUGGUAGAAUUGCCGACGGAAAUGCUCAGUAA